UUUCAAUGAAAGAAUGCGGGUUGAUAUGGAAAUGUGCAACGAAGGGACUUAUUGAGGGUGAUGGCACAGCCAAAUUGGAAUGGCUAUGGAAACGGAUAUCCACAUCAACAGAGAAGAAUGAAUGCUCAUGUUAUUCAGACAGAAGGUGAGCGGCUUCAUGAUCAAGCUUUAUCAUUCUCUGCCUCAGGAGAUUUCACCCAAGUAGAACAACUACUCAACAAGGCUAUUGCGCUCGAACCGUCAAAUGUUGCAUUUCAAGAAACUCGGAACAUACUAUUAGCUCCCAGCCAUCGGCCAUCCACCCAUCAGCCAUCCACUCUUCGCCAGAGACAACCAGGUGUGCCAGGUAACGUUCACAAGGCUCAAGCACACAAGAAGAAGGAUGGUAGAGAUCCCAGGAUAGCCAACCAGCCAAAUGCUACGUGGGAUGACAGGAACUCUCAAGGCCCUGCUGAGUACGGCAAUCUACAACGAAGCAGUAAAAGUCCGUGGCUAUCUUCGGUCAAUACAAACACAGCUCAGUAUCAUUCAGAUGCUGUAGCUGAUAACAUGUUCGGUUCUGGUUCCUGGCAGAGGCCCAUCGGAGCUGUCAAUAAUCCAGACCCAGCUACAACGAACCGUUUUGGUGGCCAUAAGUAUUCCAAUAGUGCCGCAGGAAGUAGCGCUGGGCAGACACUCAAACAAGAAUGGAGCGAUUGGAGUGAUCCAGGAUUAACUGUUUAUAACUCUACCAUAAAACCCUCAUGGUUCCAGCAUACAGAUAACCCCUGGAUGGACGAGAGAAGGAAAGUAUCAUCAGCACCCAAGCCAACCAACCCUUUGAACUGCAGUGCCAGUCAGAACAGCCUUAGAGGCUCCAAUGCAAAUUCAACGGAGAGGACAAGCAUAAAAGAUCCUCCAAAUAGAACUGAACAGAGCUCCUUACAGACUUGGCAGUCAGAGGAAACCUCAAGCGACGCCAUGAAUGCUCUCGACAGCUUUGACGAUCCCUCAGUGAAAGUACAGGAAUGGCUCAACAGCAAUGAGUCGUCAGGGGACAAAGUCCCCCCUGGUUUCAAACCCAAAAAGAACAGGAAAAAAAAGAAGAAGACAGCUGCCGCCACGAAGGAAACUCCACCGGCUGGGUCCAGGACUUCUGCAGAUCAUGAAAAGGUAGACAAACCUAACUCUGGCUAUCAAGGAAAAGAAAACAAGAAAAUUGAAAAGACGACUACCGUCCAGUAUCAAGACCAAGUUGAGAAACAAAACUCUCCUCCCAAUCUGGCAACAAACAAGACGUCUAGUAAAAACUCAAACCCGCAACCAUUAUCUGUAAAGAAGGAAGACAAACCAAAAGAAGCAAUGAGUGCUAAAGUGGCUGACAAACAAUUUUUCGAUCCGAGGAGAAUUUUUAACUCAUCUGAAACUACUAAAAGUUUCAAUUCGCCUGAAGCUACGGACAAGAAAGAGUGUGUGAACGUGGACUCUAAGAGAACUGACUCGGUGGACUCUGGCUCAAAGACAAAAGGGGUACAAAAGAACCAUGUGACAACGGGACCAAUGAAAACAAGUAGAGUGAAACACGCAAGUGAAAGUACCCGUGAAAUACCAUCACAGAAAAUGGAAACUCAGACUCCUGCCAAGGAAGAUAAACAAGGAAGUCCUGAGAGAGGUUACAGCAGCUCGGACGAGAGGAUGACAGAAGCUGAGUGGCGAGACAUCAUCAAAAGGAUGUAUGUUCCUCUAGGGAUUUCUCCAGACACAAGUCCAGAGUCGUCAAGUAAAACUGAAAGUCCACCCAAAACGACAGCCAACGGUAUGUGCAAUAAAACAAGUGUUCAAACAGAUCAUUGCACAAUGUCUACAAAUGAAAGAUCUGAGAUUGAAACAUCUGUAGGUAAAAGCACCAGCUCUCUGGUAAACUCUGAGAGUUUAAAUGCAGCAAGAACCGAAAACGCCCGACCAAAUUCUCAAACUUACAUAAAUGUGAAAGACAUCUUGAAAGAUGGGAACCUAAAGACUAAGGUUCCAGUUUGUCGGGCUCAUGAUUCUAUCGUUUCAAACUCUUCUCCUAGUGAUAGUCUCAGUGGGUGUUUAGGAAGGGAUACUUACAUAAAUGUGAAGGACAUCUUGAAAGAUGGGAACCUAAAGACUAACGUUCCAGUUUGUCGGGCUCAUGAUUCUAUCGUUUCAAACUCUUCUCCUAGUGAUAGUCUCAGUGGGUGUUUAGGAAGGGAUACGCCACUGACGUUAAACUCCUCUAAACAACCAAAGUUCAGUCUAAGAUGUCAAGCAUCUCUUGCCAAGCCUUCCAUAAGUUCAACUCCAGCGCAAGGCAAUCCUUCAGAGGAUAAAAAUAACUGUCCAGGUGUAACUCAAUGUGUUGCUCCCGAGCCAAAGGUAAUAUCACCUCCGUCACUGUCAACAAUCGCUCCUAAGGCAAACGAAAGCAGACUAGAAACCUCGCUAAAAGGGUGUGUAGAAUCUAAAGAAACAAACACCUCUAGCAUAAGAAGUGACAAGGUUCUGCAAGACAAGAAGCCUUCCAAACAAUCGGCAAAAGCUUUCUGGGAGCCCACCAGAAUAUUCAGUAAUCCUGGCAAAGUUGGUGAACAUAAAAAUACUGAAACAAAGCCAGCAGUCAUACAAACUACAGCCAAGCCGACAACUAAGUUAACAUGUGACACAAAGACAUGCUUGGAAAGUUCACAACAGGACUACAGUGCUCCUAAAAGAACUCCAGAACCGUUAAUCAAUAAAGAGCCAAGUAUUCCUUUGAACAUUGCAGGAAGUACCCAAUCUAAAGAUGUGCCUCUGAAUCCCAACAUGCGGUAUUCGUAUACUGACGGGAAAAAGCAGAAUGCUACAUCAAGUAUGGUUGACUCAAAUACUCCAGAAGCAGCAGCAACGAGUCAAAAAGGUAGUUUCUCAAAUAGCCAAUCGUCAACUGGAAGCAAGACAGAGCAGCCUUCUGAGUUUCAGCCUCAUAAAGACCCUGCCAGGGGAACUGCAACCAGAAAGAAGUGUACAAGCAACAACUCUGAAAUCCUCAAAGGAACAACUCCUAAACCACCAUCACGAGAUGCAUCAGAAUCAGGAGAGGCUAAACAGUCUGCAUCUUCAUCAGCAACCUCUCAGCCUCCGUCGUCAAGAGACUUCACAAGCUCAAAUGCACAAGGCAGCUCUAACUCUUCCAAUCAUUCAACUAGUUUCUUCAGACAGAGUCCCGACGAUAGGAGACAAGAAAACACCUCAAAGAAAGCUCCAAACCAAUCUGAUGAGAAACAGAAAGGUCCUUCCAGGAGUGAGUCAAAGACCAAACAGAAAGCAGCCCCAGAGGCUCAACGGAAACCAACAGAGACAAACUCCGCACAUGCUUCCCAGUCAAGAUCAGAGAAGCAGUCGACCAACACAAACUCAAAGGCCACUGGAGAGCACACCAGACCCCAACCAUCGACAGGUUACAGGACAGCGCCACAGGCUUCGAGGUCACGCACAUCUUCCAGGAUGACAGAUUCUGACUCUGAAUAUAGACAGAGAACCGACCAACAGGAAGAAAUAAACAUAGAAGAUGUUGAUCCUUUGUAUAAGUGGAUGAGAGGCAUCGGUAAACAUCUACUCUGGGUUCUUGGAUUUAUACUCUUACUAACACUCAUUCUAUGUGCCUGCCUCUGCAGCAUGAUUAAGUUGUGCCUAAAGUACGGCUGGCACAUACUGAAGGAGAUCCACAAACUCUUCCGGGAGCAUCGAGAGCGAGAAGGAGGUUCCAGGGGUCACGAGGGCUCUACUGGAGGUCAAAGGGCAUGGGGGUCAUCCAAUGGUCUUAGCAGUGCCCAACCGCCAUCACAACCAACAAGAAGCAUAGAUAUUCCUACAUCAGCUGGUGCAGCUAUAAAGAGAUUACUACAAUGCGAUCCGGAUAAUCCCUUUGAGGUAUUAGGUGUGAGCUCUGAAGCAUCCGAGGAAGACAUCAAAAAAUAUUACCGAAGACAGUGCAUGCUGGUACAUCCUGACAAGAACGAUCAGGAACAUAAAUCUCGAAAGGCAUUCCAGAUCUUACAGAAAGGAUAUGAAACUCUCACCGAUCCUGUGAAGAGGAGAGAGUUUGAAAUGGAACGAAAGAAUGUAAACUUCAGUGAAGAGAUGGAGGACUUUAUGAAGAAGAUGGAAGAGAUUCUGAAUACAUUGAGCUGUGAAGCAUGUCAUGGGAAACAUCGACGCUACGAGACAGACAGAGUACAAGACCAUGCUCGAUACUGCAGUGUACAUGGGGAGAGACAUUCUGCAAAUGAGCAUGACAUGUGGGCGGAAACAUCUCACCUUGGAUUCAAGGUUCAUUUCUAUGCCAUGAUGGAGGACAGAAUAUUUGAUAUAACGGAAUGGGCCGCAUGUCAGAAGAAACAUGGUUUCAUGGGGGGCGUUGAGGCUAACACCUGUGAAAUUCGCUAUCGUCUGGGAUCCAACAGCAGGACUAACAGGGGAGGUUCACGCUCAAGGAGCCAGCAAUCCAACCCUCCCAACUUCUGUAAUCAUCACAGUAACCACCGCAGCCAGGAACACGAACCAGAUUUCAGUGAAGAGCAGCUGAGAGAUCUGUUUGAGCGUCUUCACAGGAAUGACAUCGGCCAACAAAGCGGUGAUCGCUACAACAACGCAAAUCAAGACAGAAACAAACGCCACAAGAAGCACAAGAAGAAGAAACGAUAAGUUCAAGACAUUUUCUUGUUAUUACAACAGAGACGUUUACCAAGACCGAAGCAAACAAUCUACAAGCAAGUUCCAGCAAGGGACCUUUGGGCGAUUUGCCUGUUACCUGGGAAGUUCUGCAUGCACCAUGGAUCAUUGACUAGUGGAUGACAAAUGGUCGCUGCCUGAACUUCCCCUAAAUUUUCGAAACCAUCUUUCAUUUCAUUUUCUUUCAUGUUUGUUUUGUAACUCUACUGGCCGUAAGAGCAGAUAUGUGCAUGAAGCAGAAGGUCCAUAUAAUUAGGCCCUUGUAAUUAGACUGCAGGCCUUGAACUCCACUCUUGAAAGGAUACAGCAAAUUUCCUCUAAGGGGUAAGGGGCACAUCUAUGGGGAAAAUGUAAGUUUGUAUUGGAACCUUGCAAAGGGCACCAUGGCAAUUCAUCUAUCUAUAUGGUGAAGUACAUUGCUCUUGAAGUAGAGUUUAGUCGUAUUGCUGUGGGUGUUGUGGGUUAUUUUGAGGCCUGAGACUGGCUCCUGUUUGGUAAUGAAAGAACCAAUAUUCAUCAUCACUAUGUCAACAAAGGGAACGUGACAAAGGUGGCAGCGGUAUGGGGUAGAAAUAUUGAAUAUUGCAGGAAAUUGCAAUAUUUUUCACUCUACUUAUUGUUUUUAUGAAAUGACUUCACCUUGACAAAUCAAUGUAAUUGUAAUUAGACUAAGCAUCGGUGUUACAUGACGCUAAUAUUGUUUGUUGGGUUUUUUUUUAAGCUAAAAAUCGUAGAACUGUGAUUUUUCACACUUGAUUGUAAACUUUGCCUUAAAAAUAAAACCUAUAUUUGUUGAGCAAAAGUUUGAGAUACAUUUACCUUAUGAAUAUUAUACAAGAAGGCGUUUAGAAAAUACUGGAGAUAUUUUGGAAAUUUGGCGAAAAGUGCUCCAAUUGAUUUAAACUUGUUAGACUGUGAAAUGUGAAUUAUACUUAUUUGAUAAUUGCGGGACUCAAUUUUAAGGAAACAGAUUUCAAAAGAUAGAUAUGAAGGAAAAUAAACCACCUCUCCAAACAGUUUUUUUGUAAACCUCCCAAUGAAACCUGCACAUACAGGCUGCAAUAGUCUUCCCAGUUUGGUCUUUUUAGACAUUUUAAAAUGUUGCAUCCUCUUAAGGUGAUCCCCUGGCUGACGCUUCCCAGGUUGUAUCAUAAACUUGGGUG